GAAAUCUGAACCUCUUGGUUGUGAUUGGUUGCUUCUAGCAAAAGCCACGGAGAAAACACCUCCCCGCCCAGAGGAACUCAGUCGGGCAGGGAGCCGGGUGACUUCAGAGGCGCCUGCCUGUCCCCCGCCGCACCUGAGCCACCGCGAUGCUAUAGGACCGCCGCCUGGACCGUUAUCCGCCCGCGCCCUCACGCAGCCACCAUGCCGCGCUCCUUCCUGGUCAAGAAACAUUUCAACGCCUCCAAGAAGCCGAACUACAGCGAACUGGACACACACACAGUGAUCAUUUCCCCAUAUCUCUAUGAGAGCUACCCCAUGCCUGUCAUACCAAAACCAGAGAUCCUCACCUCGGGAGCAUACAGCCCUAUUGCUGUAUGGACCUCGUCGGCAACUCCAUUCCACUCCCCUCUAGCCAGUGGCCUUUCUCCUCUUACUGGAUACUCCUCAUCCUUGGGGCGUGUAAGCCCCCCACCUUCCUCUGACACUUCAUCCAAGGAUCACAGUGGUUCAGAAAGUCCCAUUAGUGAUGAAGAGGAGAGACUGCAGCCCAAGCUUUCAGACCCCCACGCCAUUGAAGCUGAGAAGUUUCAGUGCAAUUUAUGCAAUAAGACCUAUUCUACUUUCUCUGGGCUGGCCAAACAUAAGCAGCUGCACUGUGAUGCCCAGUCUAGGAAGUCAUUCAGCUGCAAAUACUGUGACAAGGAGUAUGUGAGCCUGGGUGCCCUGAAGAUGCACAUCCGAACCCACACAUUGCCUUGUGUCUGCAAGAUCUGUGGCAAGGCUUUCUCCAGACCCUGGCUGCUUCAAGGACACAUUAGAACUCACACUGGGGAAAAGCCUUUCUCGUGCCCUCACUGCAACAGAGCUUUUGCAGACAGAUCAAACCUGAGGGCACAUCUGCAGACCCACUCAGAUGUAAAGAAAUACCAGUGCAAAAACUGCUCCAAAACCUUCUCCAGAAUGUCGCUUCUGCAUAAACACGAGGAGUCUGGCUGCUGUGUGGCACACUGAGUGGCGCAACUGGUGUUUACUCAAACAGAAUGCAUUUCUUCACUCCAGCGACAAAUGACAAGUGAAAGUCCAAAGACAUUUUCUCAUGUGCUUACCAACCAAAUAAUAUGUAUAAAAACACCAAAGAGUCACACACACACACACACACACACACACACACACACACACACACAGACACUACAGAACAGAAUCUAUAUACUUAAAGUUAAUUCGUUCUAUGUGAAGUUUAAAAUUAUAUUUACUGACAGCUGAAUUGCAAGGAUAAAGGAUAAGAAUCUUUCUCUUUAAAGAUGAAGUGAAAAGCACAUUGCAUCUUUUCUUACUAAGAAAGAAUGCAGAGAUUUACACUGCUGCCAAACCAUUUCAACCAAAGCAACAGUAUUUCUUCUUAACAGAAUUGCAAUAGUGUUUCCAAGAGGAAGACAGUCUGCCAGACACUAUCUCAGGUGCCUUAUAAAGUACUCUAAGUUUACUUCCUCAGAUGGAUGAUGCCUGGUUGUCAUCAGCGAAUGAACGCCUUUUCUGGAUUACCUGCAAUGUUUUAAAACUAUUAUUGUUAAGAGAGAAAAAAAAACAAGAAAAAGAACAGAACACGAGAAUGUAUUAAAGUAUUCUUGUUUUGUUUCAUUUUUGCCAUGUGUGUGCCUUGGAAGAAGAGGGAAGGACAACUUCAAACAUUCCCGGUGCGUGUCCCAUGUCUUUCUUUUAUAAAAGAAUUUUAGUGUUUCAUAGUACAAAGUAAUGAAAAUGUGCAAAAGAGUCGCUUAGACAUUCAGUAAUGUACUUAGACUUUUGAAAAUUCAUAUGAUGGAUGCAAUAAUACAAUGCCUCUCCAAGUGCCUGUUUUAAUGAAUUGUGUAGUUGAAGAACUGAUGUAAAUUUGUGUUUAUUUUUAUACAACUGAAUGAACUCUGUAUGAAAGUGAGGUAUGGUUAAUAGCCAUGCUUAUAUUCAACCAGAAUACUUGUGAAAUCAAUGUCCUUUUUAAAAAAGUAACUUUCAAAGUCUCUUUUUUUACAAUAAACAUUUUUGACUAAAAAGUA